AUGUCAGGUGGGGUUGGUCCAUCAAUCGAUAUAGUUAAAUGCACUGGCAGUAAUCAUCGUACUCUCUGCAAGUGGCAUGCCACAUCACCCCAUGCUGAUCCCCCAGUAUUCGGAGAAACUAACAAAAUCCUUAGUAUUUACGUGUUUUUUGGGGCUGUAAUCGGAUUAUUUGUGCCCAUAGCAUACAUUUUGGAGGGUUUUUUUGAAGGAGAUAAGGAGGGGAUCAAUGCGGCAGCACCCCAUGUUUUUCUUUUAUCUAGUCAAAUUUUCAUGGAAGGGCUGUCCUUUUCAGAAUAUGGUGGCAGCAGCAGGAGAUUGUACAUUGGAAGAGCACUUGCCAUUGCAAAUAUGGCUUUUUGGUGUUUCAACCUAUUUGGAUUCUUGUUGCCUGUCUUUCUGCCAAAGGCUUUCAAGAGAUAUUACUCUUACAAGAAGAUUAAGGACUGA